UUUUGCCCUAAUCUCCCUGCUAAGAACUAAAGAAUGAGAGUGACAAGGAUGCAUUGAACGGGAGGUUCUGGAAAAGGGGGCAAGUUGGAGAUUUGCGAGCACGGCCAGAUCGAGUCGCGAGAAGAGAGGAUUUAAACACGCGGGAUGCAUGGACACUUUGUAGCUUCCACGCUUCUUUCCAGUCGGUCCUUUGCACAGAAGAGCCGUGAGAGUUUUGCCAAAUCUCCGUGCUUUGAAUCCAGUCCCGCCUGGACCGUUCCUUCCACACUCCCGCAGCAAACCAGUCCAAAGGAAAUCUGGAAGAUUUCUCUGGAAGAAGAAAAAAAAAGAGGUUUUUUACCAUAGAACUUCGAUGGCUGGCCCCUUCCUUUGUGAGGUUUGUAGAAUUAGGAGUGACGCGUUUCGAUCUGGCAGCGAACACCGAGGUUAGAGCUAUCUUUAAAACGUUUCUAGAAAGAACGCUUGCUGAGGAGGAGCAACGCAAGGAUGUGCCGUGGUAUCACCUCCGACGCUUACAUCUACACUCCAUAUUCAACUUCCGACUAUGGGGGACAGAGUAAGCUCCCCGAGGAGUUUCCAGAGUGGGAGUUUGACAAUGGCCCGGCUUACGAGAUUGACGAAGUUCCAGUGCCCGACUUGGACGCUGUUCUAAAGAACGACAGUGCCGCAGAUGAGAUCUUUAAGUCGUGGUCGGCUUGGGAGGCCUCGGUCCAGGAAAAGGAGGAUGUUUCUCCGGCUCUCCAGAGCGAAUCCUCCGAGUAUGACAAGCUCGACUCGCCGCCGCUCUCGGAGAGCUCCGAGGUUGGAGACAAUGCCAUCCAGAUCUCGGAGAUGAAGCUCAUGGAGACGAGCGACGUGGUGGCGGAGCUCCAGCAGAACGAGGACGAGAUGGUGGUCGAGAAAAGUUUCACUCGUGGCGAGUUCAAGCUGGAGGAAUCGAAAACUCGAGGCUCUAAGAACGCUGCUACUGUGGUCUCCGGUCCAGACACGACGAUGGAAACGCUCGAGAGUUGCAAGAAGAAGCACUACCGGGGUGUUCGUCAGCGGCCUUCUGGAAAAUGGGCCGCGGAGAUUCGUGAUCCUCACCAGGGAGUCCGACUCUGGCUGGGAUCCUUCGCGACGGCGGAGAAGGCUGCGCUAGCUUAUGAUGCUGCCGCUCGGAGGAUCAAAGGCAAAAAGGCCAAGCUUAAUUUCGUGGACAAGGAUCCGGAGCUCCUGCUGGAGCCCAAGGACUUCUACGCAGUAAACAAAGGCAUGAAGAAGAGGAGAUCGUCGCCCAAAGUAGCAGCGGCAGCGGCAGUGGUAGCAGCUCCUUCGCAUCAAAGUUUUGUCCAAAACCAGCAGCCAUUCCGCCCCGGAGUUGUGGUGACAGAUCUUCUCGAGACGCUCAACUUGAAAGGUUUGCAGGACAAGGUGGAUGUCAAGGGACUCCAGGACAAGCUCUUGCAGUUCUUGCUCAAGGAGCUGCUCGAGUCCAGGAAUGGUGGCGGUGGCAAAAAAGACGUGAUUUUGGGAACCGCCAGUGGUAAUGGCCAUGGUCACGGUUGUGGUACGUCCUCUUCUUCCGCGUCUGUGACUUUGGAUCCCGAAGAGAUUACUUGGUAGAAGAUUGGAGAUCACCAUGGUGAAGAGAAGAGGUUUUCUCUUGCAAUGCUUCGCUACCUUCUAUAUAAAAGUAAGCUUCCUUCUCAACUUGGUACUCACUCUCCGACUUGGAACGAGUCUAGAGUUGUAAAAAUUUGGAAAGUUUGGAUAAAUCCAGUGCUACAAGGAGAACUCCAGAAACGAGAAUAAAAAAGAGAACUUUGCUA